AUGAGCCCAGCAGGGGUGGCUUGUCUUUCCCGCUUCCCGCCCCCCGCCAUGAUGUUUGCCACCAGCCUCGGCGGAGACCCACAUCCUUUGGCCAAGCCGAGCCACCUGUUUACCCAGACGGAGGGUGUGGGCAGGAGGGCAGCCAGCCCGGAGCGAGAUCGAGCCCUGUUUGAGAGCUACACAGAGGGUGAGAUCCGGGAGCUCAUAUCUGCACUUGUGGAAAGGUCAAGCCCAUCAGGGCACUCUGGCGGGCACGCACUGCCCUUUUCGGGCCAGGCAGGGGCUCGGCGAAAGCGGGCCCGGGUCCGCCACCAGCCCUGUGGCCUGCGGGAGUUGGAGGUCAGCGUCAGUGAACUGGGCCUGGGCUAUGUGUCAGAUGAGACCAUUCUUUUCCGAUACUGCAGUGGCACAUGUGAGGCGGCUGCGAGGAUCUACGAUCUUGGGCUGCGCCGAUUACGGCAGCGGCGCCGUGUGCGCAAGGAAAAAAUACGGGCCCGGCCCUGCUGCAGGCCCCUGGCCUACGAGGAGGAAGUGUCAUUCCUGGACUCCCGGAAUCGCUACCACACGGUCAGCGAACUGUCAGCCAAGGAGUGCGGGUGCGUGUGAGAGCCCCCGGGGUCUGCAUUGUCUACCUCACCUGGGGGCUGUGUGGUGCCACCAACCUGCCGCUCACAGAGGGGAAGCCCCUACUCCUCCAGCCUCCCUCUCUCGCCACCCCGCCAUGCUGAAGAUGCCGGUUACCUUGAACCCCGGCCAUGGGGAGUCUCCUCCGGAUGCCUGACCAGACGGCCUGCACCCUACUGUCUGGGCCCAGGGGUCAAGAUAGCAACCAGGGCGAGGCAUGAGGGGCCCCGAGACAGAGUCCCACGAACCAAAGGGCUCCUGCAAUGGCGGUGGCCCUGCCAGGCCUGAUUGUAUAUACUUCAUUGAGUAACUAACUGACCUUGUACAGGAAAUUAUAUUCUAUAUAUGUGAAUCUUGCAUUAUCUAUAUCUCUAUAAAA